UCCUCUCCUCAUGUCUGCCUGCCUUACCACGAGAGCUUGCUGUCUGUUAUCUGUUGGGUAAUUCGUCGCGAUUUAGCUGUGUCCCGAUUUCGAUGCGUCUGUUUGCGGAGUCUGCUCCGAAACACGGAAGUAACAACUCGCGCAACUUAGAAUUCCAUGGAUUGUUUGGUGCAAUAGUCAACAGCUGUUUUAUUUGAAGUUCGUUUGGUUGCGCUUAUCAGGCAGGCGGAACCCGCCUGCUGUUGAGUACGUUCGCUAGUGUCCCGUGUUGCACGGCUAUAGACUAGUUGUUGGCUGGACGACUUGAGGUGCGCAGCGGCUGGUGCGCGUGUAAGACUUGCUGUGAGAGAGCGCUGGGUUGUAACUACACAUUGGGAGCCCUGAAGGUUGAACCUUACAUUUAUGCACCCGGUUACAAGAGCAAACUGCAACGCACCUUGAAGCCAGACAGGAACCUGCACACAAGCAGGGAAGAACAAGAACCCCAACAGGUACAGUGUAGUUUACACAGGAGCAGACCAGUCUCUUCAGCUCCGCCCUGACUAUCAGCAUGGCCAACCAGGACCAAAAAGAAACUGUUCCAGUUCCUCGUCCAGAGUUGUUUGAUUUUCAUGGUGUGUCAAUGGUUCAUUCCAUGACUGACAACUGGGAUAAUGUGCAGAACUUCCAGGCAAAGCCUGAUGAUAUUCUCAUUGCAACAUAUCCCAAAGCAGGUACAACCUGGGUGUCCCACAUGUUGGACCUUCUGUAUUUUGGGAAGUCUUCCCCCAAGCGUGGGGUCUCCCUGCCCAUCUAUGAGAGAGUCCCAUUCCUGGAGAUCUGCAUCCCAUUUCUUCCCACAGGUGUAGAAUCGGCAGAUAAGAUGACCACAUCCCCUCGCCUUAUUAAAACCCACCUUCCAGUUCAGUUUGUGCCUAAAUCCUUCUGGGAACAAAAGUGUAGGACUGUCUUUCUCGUCUGCAAGUCUCCUUCUAUUGUCUAUGUAGCCCGCAACGCCAAGGACAAUGUUGUGUCCUACUUUCAUUUUGACCGAAUGAACAGUGCACAGCCUGAGCCUGGAGACUGGACUAGUUACCUGCAGAAAUUCCAGGAGGGAAAAUUGCUAUUUGGCUCCUGGUAUGACCAUGUGAAAGGGUGGUGGGAGAAAAAACAAGCUUACCCCAAACUCCUCUAUGUACACUAUGAAGAUCUAGCAGAGGACAUGGAUCGGGAGUUGGACCGUGUGUGCUCAUUCCUGGGUGUGUGCCCAACUGAGGAGGAGAGAUGUCAGGUGAAAGAAGGGGUGGAAUUUGAUGCCAUGAAGAAUAACCGCAUGACUAACUACUCCACUAUCGAUGUAUUGGACUUCAAAAUCUCUCCAUUCAUGCGAAAAGGGAAAGUUGGCGAUUGGAAGAAUCACUUCACUGUGUAUCAGAACGAACAGUUUGACAAAGAGUACAAGAAGAAGAUGAUGAGUACCACACUGCGGUUCCGGAACGAGAUUUAGGCAGGUGUCCAUUACCAAGGACAAGGGUCAGCUGCAAAUUCAAUUCACUUGCAGUUGAGGAAGUUGCACAGAAAGGUUUUCCUAAAAUUUAAGGUGAAGAGUGAUGAAUAGUCUGUCUUUGGUCAGACUGAGAAGGCAGACAUCAGGUCUGGACUAAUAAUAGCAGUCAAAUACUCAUUUUUCACUCUUAACUUUUCAGCAAUGUUCACAUCGAAAAGAUAUCUUUGUUGCACAAUAUUUGAUUUUCUUUAGUUUAUUUUUCUAUAUAAAACAAAAAAUUUUGUUCAAGAUUCCUCUUUCUAUAUUUUAGCAUAAUAGGCGAGAGCGUGGGGCACUUACACUUUUUUCUCUUUCGUUCAUUUCAUGGGCACAAUAAAUCACAUUUGAAUAAAUGUCAUACAAAAUGAAACAA